AUGUGCCAACACUACACUGAAAACUUACCGCAUCGAAAAAGUGUAUUUGCAUUUGAUGAAAUAGAAAUUCGACAAAAGUUAAACAAACUUGAAUGGGAUUUAAUUUUUCUUCAAUGUGUUGGACGAUCACUUAUUCAAGCGUCAUCAUCUUAUUUGUCAGAAAUUAAUUUCGACAAUAUUGAACAGAUGCUUCAUAAAACGAAAAAGCAUCUUACUACAAUCGAUAAUAUUCUUACCAAUAAUUAUAAUGUAUCCGUUGCAUAUGGUUUAACUUUAUCACCGGUACCCGCAUUUGCACCAAGAAAAUCAAGUGAUAAUAAUAAGUUUACUGAAGUGUUACAAUUAGUCUAUAAUUCGAUGGAAAAUCUUCAACGAUUACCGUGUACAAUGGAGGGUAUGAUUGAUGAAGAAUAUAUGGAUCAGAGCAGUUUAAUGGAUGAAGCAACCAAACUUCUUACAAUGUGUAUUCAUAUUCAACAAAAAAUUGUGAAUGCUGAAUCAAUCAGUACAUCAGAAAGAAAUAGUAUUACCAGCAGCACUCAGGAAGCAUCAUUAGCAGGUAAUUUGUCAUUGUGUUAA